AUGUCAUGCUUCAAAAGAUUAAUAACUUUUCCUGGUCAAGGAUCUGUUGUAGAUAUACAAUCAAUUAAAUUUACUUCCAAGAAAAUUCAGUCAUAUAUCGUAUCUUCAGAUUUCAGAGAUUAUUGGGAUUAUCUUUUAAAAAAUCCAAAUAAACCAGGUACUAUAGUUAUGUUGUCACGUUUAUUAUAUCAAGAUGCCAUUUCUUCAAACUUUAUUAAUACUGCUGAUAAAACUUUGUUACUAGGCCAUUCCCUAGGCGAAUUGAGUUGUUUAACCUGUGGUGGGAACGAAAAUUUAUUAAAACUAAGCGAUGUGUUUGAAAUAGCAAAUUUUAGGAAUGAGUUGAUGCGUAAAGAAUCCCAAAUCUUUUAUAACACUAUCAACCCUCAUGCUCUGAAGAAUACUGGUAAUGUGUUUGAAAUGAGAGCAAUGUUGAUAACAUCAUCUUUUUUAAAGAAAAAUAAUAUUACCGAUUUCCUACAAACUAUUUUAUUAAAUGAAAUUAAGAAUUAUAAUAAUAAAAGUGAUAAUACCGCUGCCAUCUGUGUGGCUAAUAUCAACUCCCCACAACAGCUUGUUUUAAGCGGGGUUUCUGAAGAUAUAGAGAACUUUUAUUCCCAUAAUGUUUCCAUGCUACCUAGGAAAUAUAAAAUUUUAAAUAAUCCUGAUGAUAUACCAUUUCAUAAUUCUAAAAUAUUGGCUAGAAUCCAGCCACCUUUAUACGAUUUUAUAUGGAACAAAUUAAGAGAGAAUGGAACAAGUUCAAUAAAUUAUUUGAAUGUUCCCAUAGUUAACAAUAUUAAUGGUGAAAUAACCUACACCAAAGAUGAAGCCCUAGAAAAUUUUGUUAAAGGUAGCACUAAUACUGUGGAUUUUGUCAAAUGCUGUGAAACAAUAAAAAAAAAUAUAUCGAGAGAUAAUAGCAAUGAAAACAUAAGUGAUUCUCUGGAUAUUAUAAAUAUAGGGCCUACUCAGAUCAUCAACAAUUUAUUGCUUAAAAAUAACUUAAAGUAA